AUGGUAGUCUUUAGGAUAUCUCUGCUGCUUAUUCUUUACUUUACCGAGAUACCAAGAAGUGUAGGAGCAGAUGAUGCUGAAGUCAAAGAAGGGACACCGUUAGGUCAACCUACUGAUUGGUUUAAAACUAGAGAAAUGUGGCGGGCUAAAAACUAUAACUACACUAACAAAUCUAAUGUGUCUGAGCCUUUACGACUUGUUAUUAUACAUGACACAGAUAGCCAAAGAUGCCAUAGGUUUAUACUAUGUGCCUCUGAAAUGAGACUAUUACAAUCCUACUAUCAUAGUAACUUCCAAUAUGAUAUUCCGUACAAUUUCCUAAUCGGAGGCGAUGGCAGAGUGUACGAAGGUCGUGGAUGGAAUGUAGCUGGAGCCCAUACAAAUGGAUACAACCGUUGCUCAUUAGGCUUAGCAUUUAUUGGUGACUACAGAGAUGAUUGGCCCUGUUGCACCGUAGUUACAGAACUGCAGCAGCAACGAGCAAAACUACUACUCGAAGAAGGGGUUAAACUAGGUCACCUUAGUCCUAACUUCCAUGUUCUUGGGGCAAAAGAUCUGCGAAACCCACGAGGUCCAGGUACCAAUCUUUAUAGAGCGAUUAAGGGUUGGUCUAACUACGACCAUGUAAAUCUGUACAAGAACCUUACCUGCGAAGAAAUAGAACAACUAUAG